GCUGUACCCAAGUCACUGCGCAAACGAAGCUGGCUUGGGUGAUCCGAAGCCUGAGACCAUCAACUUCACCGGAAGUCUAAACUCUGGUGAGAUAAGAAUGUUGGACCCUCUAUUCAUUUCCGAAACAUGAAUCAUGAGAAUUCUCGCGGGUUCGCCGUUAUGAACGGUUAUUCUGGAGAAAUAUCAGGAAUAUUUGAUCCGUAUAUCAAAAUUGCUGACUGCUCGCAGCUCCUCUCUCGUACAGGGCAAUUCUACUCGCUUUCUGGAAUGAUGGCUGACUGAACCGCGAGAGUCCACCUUGCUGUCAUAAAAAGGAGCUCUUUGACCUAUGUUGUU